GGGUGAACAGUCUGUCGGUAAUUACUGUCAGUGAAGGAACCAGGGUUUUCUAGCAGAAUAGAUUGCUGGAGUAGGAACAUAAUUCUUGGUUUAACCAAAAAAACAUGGCAUUAAUGACAUUGUCUCUGAUUUAAGAUGGCCACCGCAACCCAGGAAGUCACCAAGGAGAUGGCAAAGCUUCUUCUGCAGCUCAUUGGAGAGACGUCAAUAAGCAUGAGAAGAAUGGCCGUGACCGAUCACUUUGAUCCAGUUCGAGAGAUCGGUAAAGGGUCCUAUGGAAAGGUUCUUCUGGCCAGCCACAGAACAUCAGGUCAGAUGGUGGCCCUGAAAAUGCUAAAAAAAGACAGAACCGGAAGAGAUAUUUUUCUCCUGGAAUAUACCAUCUCUCUCUGCCUUGCAUCCCAUCCGCACAUCAUUUCGACCUAUGGGAUGGUUUUCGAGACGCUCAGCAAUUACGUGUUUGUCCAGGAGAUAGCACCGGCUGGCACCCUGCUGUCCAUCAUAAAGCCAAAGGUUGGUUUGCAGGAGGAUCUGGCGAAGCAUUGUGUCCUCCAGGUAGCUAGUGCUUUGGAUUUCAUGCACAGCAAGGGACUGGUCCAUCGUGACAUCAAGCUUGAUAACAUUCUUCUGAUGGAUGGAGGAUGUCGCUACAUUAAACUAGCAGACUUUGGUCUCACCCGACUCCAGGGAACCCAUGUACCGGCGAUGUCGUGGACUAUCCCUUACAUGGCCCCGGAACUCUGUGUCCUUGAGGAGAAUGCGCAGCUAUUGUUACAUCCCAGCCUUGAUGUGUGGGCUUUUGGGGUGCUAGUUUACAUAACUCUCACCGGCUGCUUUCCCUGGAACGAGGCAAAGACCACAGACAAAAUGUACCUGGACUUUACCUACUGGGAAAGUAUUAAGGAUAUCACCCAGGCUCCAUCGGAAUGGAAGAGGUUUACUCCAGAAGCAAGGAGCAUAUUUUUACAGAUGUUGGCUCUCAAUCCCACAGAUAGAUGCCCUGCUAUUGAGAUAUCCAAUUAUAUUAACUUUCCUUGGAAAUCAGCCAUUCCCCCUGUGAACAUUGUAUAUGGAGCAGGGGGACAUCAGGAUAUCCACAUUGCAGCAUCAUACAACUGGUCACCGUGUCUGCUUCUUGACCAGGAAAACAUCUCCUUGACAAUCAAAGAACACCUAAAGUGUGCACUCCUGGGUCACGGCAACCGGGACGGGAUCUCUGGGAAUGAUGAAAGAAUCUGUGGGAUACAUGACCUCCAGGUGACCUUUCUCAAAAUGGCAGCAUUUGCGGUUACACCCUUCGGGGAGAUGAUUUCACCAGAAGCUCCACCAUUUUUGCAGAUGUGUGUGGGAGGUUAUGUUAAGAACAAGAAGAGAAAGAUGAACAAGAAGAUGAAGGAACUGCUAGAGAAGAAGCGAAGCUGCGGGACAUGGAAGCGGCUGAUGGAGAAGCAUAAACCCAUUAAAUCCUCUUGA